AUGUGUAGCACGCAGCGCGCGCGCGUGGCCAGGAUGCACCUGACGGGCGCGUCCAGCGGCGCCGUGUCCCCGGACACCAGCUCCACGCUGCUCCACGAGACCUACACCAAGAUGACGUCGGACAUCCUGGCGGAGCGGACGCUGGGAGACUUUCUAUCGGAGCACCCGGGGGAGCUGGUGCGGACGGGGAGCCCGCACUUUGUGUGCACGGUGUUGCCUCCGCACUGGCGGUCGAAUAAAACGCUCCCCGUGGCUUUCAAAGUGGUGGCGUUGGGGGACGUCGGGGACGGCACUCUUGUCACCGUCCGAGCGGGGAACGACGAGAACUGCUGCGCUGAGCUGAGGAACAGCUCGGCGGUGAUGAAGAACCAGGUGGCGAAGUUCAACGACUUGCGGUUCGUCGGCCGGAGCGGGCGCGGCAAGUCGUUCACGCUGACCAUCACGAUAUCGACGACGCCGCCGCAGGUCACCACCUACAACAAGGCGAUCAAGGUCACCGUGGAUGGGCCCAGGGAACCACGGUCCAAAACCAUGUUGUCUCUCCUAGGGCAGCAGCAGCAGUUCCACUUCGCCUUCGGCCAGCGGCCGUUCCCGUUCCCUCCGGACCCGCUGGGAGGGUUCCGGAUGCCGCCCAUCACUACCUGUCAAAACAUGAGCCAGUUCGGCUUGAGUUCGAGCAACUCGCACUGGGGCUACGGCGGCGCGGGCGCAUACCCGGCGUAUUUGCCGUCUUGUGCAGCGCCUGCCGCUUCCCAGUUCAAUCCCCCAGCGCUGGGAUUCACGGGAGCAGUUCCUGAGCAGACGCCCACGCAGGAUUUUACUGCGAAUAAUACUGUUUUACCAGACACGACAGGCGUGGACUUGGACCAACAGUUAUCUGGGCUGGUGGGGUCAUCGCCCUCGCACCACGGUACCCUCCUACCACGGUACAACAACAAUGCAGACUACAGUCUCUCCACAGGCCCUCGGUCGCUAAGCGACAAUAGUUCACAGCCUGAAUCGCCAGUUCAGGAUGACCUGCUCACAUCGAAUACGACGACGAACAUUGGCCAUAACCACACAAAUACCUCGAACUUCCCUUCCUUGAUGGGGACGCAAAACUCGUCGUAUGGUAGCAGUAACUGCAACAAUUCUCUCUAUCCAGUGUUACCAGCGAGUUUGCUGUACAGCCAGCUGUAUACAGCAGCGAAUCAGACGCACAACUUCCAUCCACUACACUCGAAUACAAUCCACUCUACCCAAAAUCAUCACAAUGAGUUACAAACCAUGAUGGAUCAGAUCUCUUCGACGACGAACAGUCAUAGACAGCAUGGUAACCACGGACAGAAUGAUCUUUUGCUUGGUGGUGGAAACUCUUGCGCCGCUGCUGCGGCGAGAGGGGAAGAUGGAAGAGUUAAUAACCUCGGUCAGAGGGGGAAUCCUCAGCCUGACAGCAACACGGUUUGGCGACCUUAUUAAAGAAUUUGGAUAUGUACUUUAUUUCUUCGUACAAUUGAUUUAGCUCGGAUAUCAAUAGAUGUGACGUUGUAAUAAGAUCAUGGAGUAAGGAAUUUGUGAGAAAGAUCCAAAAAAGGAUCAAGAGGAUAUUUCAUUAUGAAAUAAAAAUGAAUGAAGAAUAAAUAUUCAAUACGAUGGACUUUUGAUGAAGCCAAAAGAAAAAUGUCGCCAUUUAUUUAAGGCUUAAGUUGUAUAAGGUAAAUAGUGCAACGAAGUAGAUACCGAAAUUACUGUAAUUAUGUAAAUGUUUAUAAUUAACGUACGGAUAACGUAAUUAUUAGCUAAAUUUGUAUCUACGUUCUAAAAUUCGGUCCCGUCCUGAAAUUAUACGAUGUUUGUCAUUGAAUUUUAAUUGAUUUUUGAAUUUAUUAAA